AUGGCCACCUCCUCUGUGUCCAAGGGCUGUUUUGUGUUUAAGCCAAAUUUUAAGAAGAGAAAGAUCUCUGUGCCAGUAGAGAACUAUUUUAAUGAAGGGAAAAGUAUGUCUGAGGACAUUAAACUCCGAUUUGAAACUUACCAGUUGAUAUGGCAACAGAUGAAAUCUGAAACAGAGCAGUUGCAAGAAGAAUUAAAUAAAAACCUGUUUGACAGUCUAACUGGAUUUCUGCAAAAGUCUCAUUUGGGAUUCCUGAAGAAUUCAAGAGACUGGAGCUGUCAAAUAAAACUCAGAGAGAUUCCAACUGCUGCUCUUGUUCUAGGUGUAAAUGUGACAGAUCAUGAUUUAACAUUUAGAAGUCUAACGGAGUCCCUUCGAAACAAUGUCACACCAUAUGUAGUUUCAUUGCAAGCUAAAGAUUGUCCAGAUAUGAAACAUUUUUUGCAAAAACUGGUCUCACAGUUGAUAGAUUGUAAAGAUGUAGAAUGCAAAGAGGGGAAGAAUAUUCAGACCAUUCAGAAAAACACCUGUUACUCAAUGGAUUUCCUUUCCAGUUGGUAUAGAAAUGUUACACAGAAGACUGAUCCAAAAUUGCCAAGCAGAAAAAGAAGUUCAUCCAGUCAAUGCCAUUCUCCUCCUGUUGUGCUUAUCCUGAAAGAUAUGGAAAGCUUCACCACUAAAGUGCUACAGGACUUCAUAAUUAUCAGCAGUCAACAUCUACAUGAAUUUCCACUAAUACUCAUUUUUGGAAUUGCCACAUCACCUGUUAUCAUCCACCGAUUGCUUCCUCAUGCAGUAUCGUCACUGUUGUGUAUAGAACUAUUCCAGUCUUUGUCUUGUAAGGAGCACCUGACUACAGUACUUGAUAAGCUACUUUUGACAACUCAGUUCCCCUUUAAACUAAGUGAAAAAGUGUUACAAGUUCUAACCAACAUCUUUCUGUACCAUGAUUUUUCAAUUCAGAACUUUGUAAAAGGACUACAGCUUUCUAUAUUAGAGCAUUUCUAUUCCCAGCCCCUCAGUGUCCUGUGCUGUAAUCUCCUAGAAGCUAAGAGAAGAACACAUUUUUUAUCAAAUAAUCAAUGUGAAAACAUCCGACGUCUUCCUUCAUUUAGGAGAUACGUGGAAAAUCAAGCUUCAGAGAAACAAGUUGCAUUAUUAACCAACGAAAAAUUUUUAAAGGAGGAAACACAGUCAUUACUAGAAAACUUGCAUGUUUACCAUACAAAUUACUUCUUGGUUUUGAGAUGUCUUCAUAAUUUCACUUCUUCCCUUCCCAAGUACCCUUUGGGCCGACAGAUCAGAGAGCUGUACUGCACGUGUUUAGAGAAGAACAUAUGGGAUUCAGAGGAGUAUGCAUCACUUUUGCAGCUGCUUAGGAUGUUGGCAAAGGAUGAGCUGAUGAUGAUACUUCAGAAAUGUUGCAGUGUUUUUAAGUCAUCUUCUGGAAAGCAGCUUGGCAGCACAGCAAAGACAAUUGAGGAGUUCCUGGCCCAGUUUCAGAACCUUGAUGACACCAAAGAGGAAGAAGGUGGAUCUGGGUCACAGCCGAAGGGGUUUCCGAAGACUGACCUCUAUCACCUUCAGAAGUCCUUGCUGGAAAGGAAGGAAUUAAGAACAAGUAAGAAGCCAACCAAGUUUGAAGUACUCAGAGGAAAAGUUGUAAACUUCAUUGACAGUCUAGUGAGAGACUACCUUCUCCCUCCAGAGACACAGCCCCUGCAUGAGGUGGUGUACUUCACUGCUGCUCACACCCUGCGAGACCACCUAAAUGCUUCUCCUCGAAUCGCCCUCCACACUGCCCUCAACAAUCCUUAUUAUUACCUCAAGAAUGAAGUUCUGAAGAAUGAAGAAGGCUGCAUCCCGAAUACUGCACCCGACAUCUGCAUAGCAUAUAAACUGCACCUAGAGUGCAGCAGGCUGAUCAACCUUGUGGACUGGUCAGAGGCUUUUGCAACAGUUGUGACAGCUGCUGAAAUGAAUGCAGAUUCUACAAUCUCAGAAGAAACGAGUGAAAUUAUCCAUGCUCGGUUUAUUAGAGCAGUUUCUGAGUUAGAACUUCUGGGAUUUAUAAAACCUACGAAACAGAAGACUGACCACGUGGCAAGGCUGACAUGGGGAGGCUGCUAG